AUCCCAUGGUCUGUCACGAUGAGGCCGACGCUAAUGCUGAAUUGUGUCCUCGCGAUGGGCCUCUUUACCUGCAUCGGUGCAAUCACCGUAUCGAUAGACCGUUCCGAUAACAAACCCCCUCCGACACGGUCAUCGAUGAUCGCAAACGGCUGGCGGCCGCUGACCAGCGGCUACGAGAACACGAUCGGCACGAACGUGUCUCCCUCGAGCAACCUAGAACGAAACGGACUGCUGCAUCCAGUUCUGGGCAAACUUCAAGAACACAUGGCUGCGUCUGAAAAGCUGAAACCACAACGAAAGGGUAAACCGACCUCCCAUCACGACUACAAUCCGCCCAGUAUACUAGGCAGCUUCACGGUUCUCGGUCACGCGGCUGCGAAGGCACGCGGCGAGGCCCAUGCUGGCCACAGCCACGUGAAUAAACACGUCGCGUCUGAGACGCGGGAGUACACCUUCCUGGUCCCUCCGCCCAAGGACGCUUUCCGUUUCGAUCUAGACCAGCACCGGAAGCCGAUCUUACGAGACAGCUCAGCGUACUUGCGGCAGCCGCAGUUCGUUCCCCCGGUCAUGCAUCAGCCGCCGGAUCCAAUAAAGGCGGCUACGUAUUUUAUCAAGGGCUACACUUCCACCACGAACUCACCCUCUUCGCCAGCCAUCCCUUCGAAGAACAGGCACUACGCCGACCCGUACAUUCCCCAGUUACUACAACCACCCAAGUAUCAUCAAGUGAAGCCUUUCGAGUCACUGAAAGUCCCCAACAGCGCGAAACCCUACUUCCAACCACCUGGAACAUCUUUGGCGAACGAUUUCACUAAAGACAAGAGACUAUCCGACUACGAUCACAGACAGAAUUACGAGAAAUUCCCUGGACAGAGUCACAACGACCACAUCAUCAAUCCAGCCAGCACAGGAAAUUUCUUCAGUCAAGUGAAUCACCCAGGGCAUUCCUAUAAAACGUCUUACGAGAGAGAUCCAGCGUUCCUCGUUCACGAGAGUCACGAGAUCAGUUACAUCACUCCUCCCUCUGUGUACAAUACCUUCAACUUCAGACCUUCCUUGCCUUACGAGACUCUUCUGCCUCCGGAUGUGUACAUGUCUUCUACGCCACCCCCUACUACUCCUCGUACACAGGAGCCGAUUAAGUAUCAGCAAUCUGGCGACACGCUACAGGAUUACAAGCGACCUAGCCAAAGUACCACAGCUAAACAAGUGGAAGCUGGAGGUCACGGUGAGCUUCUGCCAACCGCGGGGAUUGCUAACACCUACUACGUGUCCGAGCAGCAGGAUUUAACUCCACCACCCUCCGCCUGGCCAGUGCCUAAGAACAAGUAUCCAAGUGACAUAAACGAGGUUCUGCCACGUGUUAAUCCCCCUUCGAAGUUCAAUCAGGAGCCAGUGGUGCCAAAUCAGAUCCAGCAGGUUCCAAAGGUGGUGUACAUCGGUCCCCAGGCGUCAUCGCCACAGUACCACAGCUCAGUGCUACCAAUCGAUAUUCGACCAGAGAACCAGGAGCCAGAGUAUGAGACGCCAGAGAGUAUAUCGUUGAAACACUUCAACGAGCAACAGUAUUUGAUUCAGCAACAGUUACUGCAGAGGGAUAGGCAGAGACUGGCUGAGCAGGAGAGGCAACAACAGUUGGAAAUUGAGAAGCAGCAGCAAGAAGAGCUGAAGAAGAGGCAGGAGGAGUUGAGACAAUUGUUGGAGCAGCAGAAGGAGGAGGAAGAGACUAGGUAUGCGCUUGAAACAGCGAAGAAUCAGACGGAACAAUUGACGAGAGUCACUGAGGAACAACCUUCCUAUCCGAUCCAGCUGGCAGAGUACGAUAUCCCAAAGGUUACCACUGAUCUAGCAGCGGUGAUCACAGAGCAGAGCGGUUUUGGAGAGCAGCCAAUGGUGCAACAGUCUCAGGUAACCCAACCAGAGUACGUAAUAUCAGAGAGCCCCAUCGUUCCCAGUCAGGAGUAUCAGGACCACUCAAAAAAUCAACAGGAACAGGUCAAUUACCAUGAGCAGCAAAUUAAUUUACGGUUUCCGAAGCCGCACAAGCCAUUGCGCGAUCAAUAUAGGCGGCGAAAACCAAGUACAGUGGCUUACGAACAAACGGCAACGGAAGCUCCCAUCCAAGUUCCAGAAACUUCCGUUCCUGUGACUCUACGUAUAGAGGAAGCGGCCAUUCAAACAACCUCCGCGCCAGAAACGGUGACAUUGCCAACAGUGAGCAGUCAAAAGCCUAGAACGCGACGACCAGGUUCCCCAUUGCGUCGAAGAAGACCAACAACAACAACUCCAGAAUCAAUCACUGUACCAGCCGCAGAAGACUAUCUAAAAUACGACAGACCAGACGAAAUAUCCCACCAAGUGGACACUUCGAAGAGAAGACGAAUCAAACCUACGCAAACUAAUUACGAAGAAACUGUAACCGAGAAAAAGGCGAAUAUUAGAAAACGACCUGGUCAUAGGAACAGAGUGAACCAUGGAGAACCAUUCGAAGCUGAAAUCGUUACAGAGAUCGUGCACACGUCCUUAAACUCGUACAAGAAUCCCACAGAAUCAAUCCAACCAUACAACGAGUACAAUCAAUUCGUGACUAACCAACCUAAUCAGCAGUACGAUUACACGUCGCAGAGGUUCGUGACGGUUGAGGACCAACGAGAAGAAACUACGCAAUCCGUACAACCAGAAUACUUUACGGAAGUGACUCGAGCAAAGCCUGAAGACAUUCCUAUUAACGAGAAUUAUAAUCCACAACAGGCUGGUGGCGUGGCUACCAAUAUACCCCUGGAGGAUCUGUUUAUCAGAACAGAGGGUAAUUACUUCGAUCGAGCUACUGCCGUGUCCUCGACUAGCAGCAGUGCAAGCACGAGCACCGUUUCAAGCAGCAACGUCGCCACAGUGCCACCAACGACGACGUCAACUGCCCAAUCGACCACUCAAACACCACCAUUAAGCUCCUCCACGUCCAGAUCCCACAAGAUCCGACCGAUCAGGUAUGGGAACACGACCAGGCCGCGUUUCAGCAUCAAGGACUACAAGAGUCGACUGGAUUACAAGAGUAGAUUAGGUCAGGUCUCGAGCACGGAGACGCCAGUGACGCCUGCGUCGAAGCAGAGGGGUAGCUUGAAGAGCCAACAGAGCCAACAGAGCCAACAGAAUCAGCAGAACGCCGCUGAAGCAAGCAGAGAGACGACAGGAAGAUACAAGUUCGUCUCGAGGGUGAAUUACAGGACGACCUCACAGAGUCCUCUGGUCUCGAAGGAUCAGGAAUCCGUGGCUGAAGAUAGUGGAACUACUUCUUCUACUACUGAAAGGAGCAACCGAUUCGUGCCCAAGAGAAGACCUAUCAAUGGUAACGUAUACAGAAGCAGGGUAUCCGGAACGACGAGUAGUCCUAGUAGAUCACAGCAUCAUUAUGAAAGCGAGAAUCAGUCGAAACCGAGCACAGCUAGACCAGAGAAUGUUUUCUCCUCGUCAGUUCGACGACGACCAAUGAUGAAGAGCAGACUCAACGGACAAAGGGAGAGUUCGACUGCAGCGUAUCCUGAGAGGAAAGAGACAGAGGCCACUGAAAUGGCUGCAGAAGAAACCAGUUUCUAUUCUGCCGUCACUACGGCGGGUACUACUAGGAUAGUAGCUAAAGAGGUCCCCAUAAAAGCGGUGGAAAACGGGUCUACGAACAUGCCAACAAUUGUGGAGGCAAAGAAGUAUGCAGAAGAAAGUGAAACUGGACAGAGUUUUCACGCUGAGAAGGAGCAGCCUGUGGAACCGGUUGCUAGUAGCACCGCCAAAAGCGUCGACGAGAGUCAGCUGAGGGAAACUGACAUCACGGAGCAGUAUUCUACUGCGAGGAGCGAGGAAACUACGAUACAAGGGGAGAUCAAAGUGGAAACCACGACAACGUUCGAAGUUCGAUCGGACGAGGAGGAGUUGUUCGCAAAGGCAUCGCAGAGUGUUGCGGAUCUGACGAGUUCUGCUUCAGCGUUGUACGACAAGCCUGGAAUGUUCAAGGCGGUCUCACCGGAGAGCAGAGUGGUCGCCUCACACUUCAAGAUCCCUUCUGAUGAGCCCACUUUACCCAUCGAGGCCUUUUUCCAGGAGCUAUCGAAGAAGAGCUAA